AUGCAUACCAAUCGUCAUCCGUUUGUGAGUGAAAAACUAUUGAAGGAAAUUUCCCGCGAUCGAAAUGAGCCCAGUCUGAAUCAGGUAAUUCCAGAAUUUUUGUCUAAUUUAAUUUUCAUUUCCGUCUAAGCCGCUGUCCUGGUCGCGCGAAUUCGAUCAGCACUUUCUUCUUGAGCUCAAGAAUCUUGCUGCGGACUGUGGAAUCGACAAGCAGGAGGAAAAAAGUUCGCGUAUCGGCAGGCUUUGGACCCGGUCAACUCCAGAAGAAAUACAGAUCUAAAUGAUUGUUUUAAGAUUCAAGCUACAAGCAAGAAAGUUCUACGCGCAGUACAUCGCAAGGUCGGUUCACUACGGACGGGUCUCUCAAUAUGCUCCAUACAUUCCAAACGGCCGUGAGUUUCAUUUAAAAGUUAUCUCCUCAAUUGGAAUUAUAAAGUCACGCGCAGCGGCUGUUAUGACAAAAAAAAAUAUGGGGAGAUUUCAUAAUACUUUUUCAGAAGUCUGAGAAGAAGACCAUCCAAACUGGCUGAGCGUGAGAUUUUUCCGAUAUAUUUUUGUUUUUCUCCCUUCGACUCAAUUAGAAGAUUCGUCGGAAAUUUUUCCCACCAAAUUUCUUUUGUUUUUGUUCUAAUAUCUUCGAAUUUUUGGUUACGAUAGAGAAAGUCAUCAUUUCAAGAUUGAUUGAAAAAAACAAUGGUUAACUAAUGCGAACUCUGGUGAAAAAAACAAAUUCAAUUUCACGUAUUUUUUUACAUUCUCAAUAUUUUUUUAUCAUUUUACUGUUUGUUUAAUCAUUUUUUUACGCGUUUCUCAUAUUUUUUUCUCACAUCGUUUCUUAUACGUUUCUCAUAAACAUUUUUUUAAACCAAUAAAACUGUGCCGUUAUUCGAACUUUAUGCAACUUCAGGACUCAACUGUCGCAAUUUUUGAGACAAAAAAAGCUUAGCUUUUUAUUUUAAAGAAAAAGUUCUUAAAUUAUAAGAAAUAUGGGACUUUAGUAUCGAAAAAAAUUUCAAACUGGAGGCAUUUUUUUGUAUUUUUUAGAACAAAAAAAGAUGAAUAUUUUUUUCUUUGCAUGAAACAAAAAUCAAAUAAAUUUGAAUAACAUUCAGAUGAGCUUCGAAUAGGGGAUGAGUAUUUCGGAAAUAGAGAUCAAUCGGUAAGACCAAACAACACAAAAGUUGUGGGCUUUUUUACGAUUCAAAUAAAUGAAAGUUCAAACCGCGAGGCAAUUAAAUAAAAAAAAUUGACAACUGAAAGUGGGAAACCGGGGCUUAACUAAAAAAUAAAAAUAAUAGGACUUCUACAGUACACGGAUAAUUCUCGUCGUCAAAUAAGAUUUCAUCGAUUCCGGUUAUCGACUCGGCUCAACGGUACAGAAGUGUGGGAAGAACAAGAAGGUUGGAGAACAAAUGGCGGAGAAUAGAUUUAAGUAACACUGUGUCACCUGGGAAAACAAUAAAGUCAUAAAAUACUCUAUGGAAUGAAUCUCAAUGAUCGUUCUCCGUUCCUGCGAAUGUGGUGUUUUGGUUAGAGCUGUAAGUUCAAGAUAAAUUAGUAUCUUCAUGGUCCAAUAUACGUCCUGGUUUUGCAAAAAUAAUUCAAAAAGUCGCAAACUUGGUCAUUUUUUCUAAAACUUCAAUGUUCUGGCUCGCCCGACAAUAACCUCCGCGCAAGGCCUGAGGUUAAUGAAGAGUACACAAUUCCAAUACUCCUAUACUCCAUUUUCACAACUUGAAACGGCUGUUUUUCAUAGUAGAUGCUUAUUCGGAAUAUAAAAAAGAUCGAAAAAGGGUUAAAAUCUCCAAAAUGGCCUACUUCAUCAAUAUUUAGAGUCUGAUUUGUCUUCGAGGUGUCUUCGAUUUAAAACUAGAAGUCGUGAAGGUUGCGAUUUUCAAAAUUUUUAUCUGGUACAUGAAGGAAUGUUCUGACAAAAUUUCAUAAGAUUCCCAAUCGCUUGAGGGAAUGGCUUUUAUUGUCAGAAAGCGAUUGUGUAAGAAUUAUUAAGUUGGUAAAUACAAAAGGAGUUCAAUCAAAAAGUAACGACAAAGGUAGAUAAGAAUAAAAAAAAGAUAACGGGGAACAUUUUUUCAUAAUUUCGAAGUUUGAGCUGAGAUUUUUGAAUUCAUCGUCCAUUUUUCGCAAUAACCUACGCUUUUCUUUGGAUAAGAUGAGCUAUGAUUGUGAAAAAAUUGAGUUUAUUCUAGAAACUUUUGGCUUUUAGGCGCAUUUGCAGGAUUCACCCCUCCUUCUAUGUGGGAAAAGUUUUCUUUUUUCAAAAAGUUAGAGCUUCGGAGAGAGAAUCGGUAGCAAAGUUCAUUCUAUGGGCAAACGAACUAUUUUUCUAGGCCUUUGAUGGAAGAGCCGCACCUCCUCCUUGCAAGACCCAGAGCUGAGGAUGCCGCCGGUACAAAACAAGGCUUUUUUGAGACCAAGAUAUUUUGAGUCAGAACAAUGAUUGGUUCGUUGAUCACUUCGAUUGAGAGAAAAAAUGCAUUUUACGUUUUUACCUCCCAGCCGAGCCAUAAGACUGCAAAGCUCAUAAGCUGAUAUCAUUUUCGUUUACAUUUCUAGUCAUCAAACAUUUUAGAACAACUGGAGAGACGAAGAAAGAAGGGAACGCGAGCAGCGACAGAAACAAGAUCUCCGUGACUUACAUACUGCUCUUGUAAGUAUCUUUUACCCAUAUAGGAAAAGUUCCGGUAAAAGUGAAAUUUGGUUUCUUUGAAUGACUUGAAAAUCUUGAUUUUCCUCUGAGUUGGAUGAGAAAUUAGCAAACCUAAUUGGUCCAAAAACUUCAAAAGGCCGUUUUGAAACGCCACACGUCUCAAAACAACGCAAAAAAGACGUUUUAGCUUACUGUUUCUCAGAAAACCUCAACUAAGGUUCUGAGGUUGGUCUAUUUUAUCUAGGUGAGAUGUGAAACUUUUUUUUUCCGGAUUCCUUGUGAUCCGUUUUGAAAAGUUUGAAAAACUUAUAUAAAUAUAUGGUACUGCUUGUUAUUAGGAAGUCAUUUUCUUUUAGGAAGAGAGAGGUUUUUAAAAAAAACAAUUGCUUCAUCAAUUUCUCACUUUUCAGUUCGCCCCUCUUGGAAAAGCAAAACCGACGUUUCGCAGAAGAUCAACGCCCAUUUUGAAGAUAUAAAACUCCAAGAAGAAAAUUAUUUGAAACUUUAUUUGAUUUUUUUAUCUGAAAAAAACGUUUUACAUGCCUUAUCUCAAAUUAAUGUCUCUGAAGAAUCCAUUCAAAUCUGUUGCUUCAUGUAAACAUGCAUUGAAUUCAUUUUUUUGAUAAAAAGGUUCGAAGAAAAAUUUUUGAAAGGAAAGAAAAAAAUGAAUAGGUGGAUUGUGAUAGAUGAGGCUCAUAGUAUUAUAAAGUAUAUAUGCGCAAAAAACCAAAAGAAUUUUUAUGAGCCCACCUGUAACUUCAGGUCAAAGGUCGAAAAAAUGGCAACGUGUUUAAAUUUUCAAUGUCAUGUUACACGUGUAUUUAUUGAGAUAUUCUGAGCAGUGAAAAAAAAAUCAGUGCAGGGCAAACAUUUUGUCGUUAUUUCGGCGAAGAAAGAACUGACAAAGGUAAAACAAAAAAGUUCCUUUGAGGAUCCUCAAAGGAUCCCGAGUUUCUCUAAAACAUCCUCAAAUUUUUUUAGUUGUUUCCAGUAUUCUUUUUGUUAAAGGAUGUGAAGAAAAUGCAAAAAAGGAAUAAAAUGAUAUAAAAAAGUUUUGCUAGGGACCCUUUCAAGGUCUUUUUUAGAGAAAAUCUUUUGGGGAGCUUUUCAGCUUUUCCCGAGGAGCGUAAAGCCCUGCUUUACUGAAUUGAGUUGUCAAGGAUCCAAUCGAAAGGCCUUUUUAGAACCUUCUUCUUCGUUUUUAGUUGUGUUUUUGGUCUUCCGAGCUCUACGUUAUCUGGAAAAUAUUGAAAUCAUGACGCACGUUCUCGACGGUAUUGAAGCACUACCGAGCAAUAACUCCCAAAAAAGUUCAGCUGUCGAUCCGCCCAAAUUGUUCGAAAAAUGAAGCUCAAAAAGUUUUUAAUGCGAUUCAUGAGCAUUUUCCUGGCUAGAAAUGGAAAUGGAAAGCCAAAUAUUGUGCCUAGUAUAUAGUUUAAUAAAACUUUCUUACUUUUUGAAGUUCGUUAUGAAAGUCAGAUGAAGCUUUCUGAAAACAAGUUUCAAGCUUUUCGUCAAGAAUGAAAAUUGAAUUGAAUAUCUUGACGUGUUUUUUGAAAGGUAAUUACAAAUGGUUUCUUUAGAAUAUCGUUGAAAUUAACUGAAAAAUGGUUUCUUCAGGAAAUAAGUUCGAAAAAAGAGCGAGGAAUGGAAAAUGUGUGACAUGAUCUUCCUUCUACUUCUUCUGCUGCUCUUGGUUUCAGAACAGCAACGAGCGAAGUGGAAAUCAAGCGGCGACAGAACGAAUAUUGGAAGGAGUUACUUUAUACAAAAAACUCUUUGGGAAAAUCAAAAAAAGCAAAAAAAACUUAAAAAAUAAUCAUGAACCAGAAUAAAAAGUAUUUAUUUAACUGGUUACGACUAAAUGUGAUUUCAAAGCCAAAGAUUGAGUUUUUUUCGAAUUCUCUUUUAUCUUCAGUUUCAAAUUUUUUUAUUCUCCUCUCUGAAAUCUGAACAAAAAAAUAAAAUGAAUAAAAUUUCAAAAAGUCAAUUUUAGAAUUAUUUAGAUGAUUUGUGAAAAUGGCUGAGCUUCAUUUUUUUAUAUAAGCUCAAGUAUUGAUAUUGAUUAUUUUGAAUAUAAAAAGUGUAUACAUAUGAGAAAAUAGCAUCAAAGUUCAAUUUAAAUACGAGGUUUUCGACGGCGAAAAUUCUUUUUUUUUUGAAUACUUUCAGGAUGCUCAAAUUAUAAAACUCAUUCAUGAUGAAAUAGAAAAAAAAGAAUAUGCAAUACGAACAAAAAAAUUUGUGUAUAUUUGACUUGCAGGAACAAGGGACAGUUUCGAUCUACAUCUUUGUCGUAUUUUGACCUCUUGCGUCUUUUUUGUGGCCACAUCUCUACGCUCCUAUCCACCUCUUUCGCAUUCUUUACUCACGCAUCUUUUGGGUUUUCAAGACGUUUUUUGGCCCUCGGUUGAACUUUUGAUGAAAUUUGGCUAGAAUGAACAUCCUGAUUCUAAAAUGAAAAAUAUUUUUAUUUUCCGAGUGAUGACGCUUCAAAACUCUCGAAACAUGUUUUUUGACCUUAUUUGUGUAAUUUGCAAGUUUUAAAGUUUGGUUAUUUUUCAAAAAAAUUCAUUGAAAUAAAAAAAGGUAUUAAAAAAAUUUCAUCCAAGUUUCGUCAAAAAGUUCAACGGGGGUCAGAAAGCGUUUCCUUUUUCGUGUUUUUUUCAGCAUCUUCCUCGGAAAUGUUGCGAGAAGCGAAUGCCUCUUUUUACGGCAAUGUUUUAUAUCAAGGUAUCCCAUUAAAAAUAUUGCAUUACAUUGUGAUUUUGAAGUUAUUGAUGACGUUCCCAAGUGGCAUGAAACGAUUAAAUCGUUGAAAAAAGUGAUGUUAGAACAACAAAGUCUGAGCCAGUAUGGCAAUUGGGACAUCAAACUUUUUUUGCGCGGAGGUAUGCUUAUCAGUUCCGAUCUCAAGUUUUUCUAACUACAACUAUGAUCUAUUUUGAAAUGAUGUUUUCAAAUUAAAAAUCCCUCGACAAAACUUGAGAUUGAGAUAUCUGAAUAAAAUUGAAAAAGAGAAAAUUGAAAAAUUACAAGUUCAGGCCGAGUUCGCGUUGGCGUCGAAGGAACUGGUGAAUUUCUUGAACCGCCUGAAACGAGAACACGGCUUCAGGUCAACGUUGCCGUCAGUUGA